AUACUUUUUUACACUGUCACUUUACAUAUACACUGUAUACUUUUUUUUUGCAGUGGAAACGGUCAAAGCAGGAAACACAGGUAAGCAAAAUUCCCCUUUUUGAACGUAUGUUUUCCUCUCAUGUGUGAAAGCAAAUAACAAUGUCCCCUAUAGCAGAAAAGACCCCGGCGUACGGGGAAAAUAUGGCCGAACCGAAAUGCAGAGCUGAGCUCAUCAAAUACUGGAUGAACAUUAACUUUGAUAAGCGGACGGCCAACAGGAAGCUGUGGGUAUCAGAGGGCGGGGCUAAGGUGGCUCGUUUGACCGAUGACAUCACCUGUCCCGUCUUGGAGGGACCGGAGAGAUUUGAGUACAUGCCUCAGGUGUUGUGCAAGGAAGGCGUGGAAGGUUUCCGAGCAUACUGGGAGGUGGAGUGUUUAGGCUGGGUGGUGGUCGGCCUGGCCUACCAGAACGCCGGAAGGAGGAACGAGCAAGGCUGCUGCGGCCUCGGAGAUAACGAGGAUUCCUGGGGUCUGGGCUGGAGUGGUACUUCUUAUCACGCCUGGCAUGAAGGUCAAGUUCGCGCGAUCCCGGAGAUUUCCAAAUCUUCCGUGUUAGGCGUGUACAUCGAUCAGCCUGCCGGGAUCCUUAACUUCUACGCCGUGGAAAAGAAAGAGGACAGGGAGGAGGAGGUGAAACUCCUGCAGCGCAUAAAGAGCUGCUUUAGGGAGAAGAUGUUGCCAGGGGUCUGGCUGGGGGUCAAUUCACACUGUGUGGUCCGAAAGAGGGAGGAAUAAAGGACUGACUUUAUGGAUACACUAAAAGUCGGUCAUCGUCUUGUAUUAUUGUGUGUCAUGUCAUCAUAUAUAUUAAAAAAUGUAUAUUGUAG